AUGGGACGCUACCCAAAAUGUGUGGUCCUGCUCCUUCUGCUGAAGGUGUGUGUGUGUGUGUACUUCUGCAACCCCGAAGUCCUGCCCAGAGGGACUCUGCUGCCCCCUCACAAAGGGAAGGAGGGGCACCCGGCGGCGGCGGCAGCAGCACCCCGGCCUGCCCGCCUCCGUCCCUCCCGCCCCGCCGUGUGUCGGCUCCAGGAAGCGCAGGGGCUAUGUAGCCGCCUCGUCCGCAGCCGCCGCCGCCAUGCAUUGUGGGGCAGCGGCAGCAGAUCCAAGAUGGCGGCCAGCAGGAGGCUGAUGAAGGAGCUUGAAGAAAUCCGCAAAUGUGGAAUGAAGAACUUCCGUAAUAUCCAAGUCGAUGAAGCUAACUUAUUGACUUGGCAAGGGCUUAUUGUUCCUGACAAUCCUCCGUACGACAAGGGUGCAUUCAGAAUCGAAAUCAACUUUCCAGCAGAGUACCCAUUCAAACCUCCUAAGAUUACAUUUAAAACAAAGAUCUAUCACCCUAACAUCGAUGAAAAAGGGCAGGUUUGUCUGCCAGUAAUUAGUGCUGAAAACUGGAAGCCAGCCACCAAAACUGAUCAAGUAAUCCAGUCCCUCAUAGCACUGGUGAACGAUCCUCAGCCUGAACACCCGCUUCGGGCUGACCUAGCCGAAGAAUACUCUAAGGACCGUAAAAAAUUCUGUAAGAACGCUGAAGAGUUUACAAAGAAAUAUGGUGAAAAGCGACCAGUGGACUAAAAAAAUAAAUAAUAAUAAUAAAAAAAAUCUGACAGAAUUGAUGUCAGCAAUGUGUGAUAGAAGACCUGGAGCAGUGCAUUUCAGACACACCACAAAGCAGGACUCUAUGGGAAAUUGGCAAGUGCCACCUCUUGGUGUUAACUUGUGGCUGUUACUAACUUUCUACAGUUUCUUAAUCAAAAGUGGUCUAGGUAACCUGUAAAGAAAGGAUUAAAAAUUUAAGCUGUUCUAGUUCUGCUUUCUUUGUUUAAAAUCACUGCUUCAAUAUACUUUAAAGGAUGCUGUUUCUUUUCUUCUUCUUUUUUUCCUUGUCAGAAUUUAUCAAAAAUAUCUUAGGCUUAUAAUCUGCCCUUAAAAGUUCGAAAGGUUGUGGCUGUCAUUUCUUAUUUUCCCCUGCCGUCCUUCCCCCCCUCCCAAUUUUUCUCUUUUCUCCUGCACCUUCUCCCCCUCCCCCCAAACCCAAAACCACCCACCCACACUGAUGUCUUAGCAAAAUUAUAUUGUUGUCCUGGCAAAAGAAGAAAAAAGAAAGAGUUGAAUGUUCGGCCGUUUGCCUCCAAUUCCCCUCUCUUAAAUGUUGCACUGCUCUUUGUGGAACUUGGUCCCAAGUUUCUCUUCAGUUUGUAACAUAAUAAAUCCACCACAUGUACUCCAUAAAAAUAAUCAGAACCGAGCCCAGAUUUUAUGUGUAUCUGGCUGAUGUUACUACAAUAAUGUUUAUUAAAUGGGGAACUCCAAGCUUUGUGUACAUGAGUGAAUUACAAUAUGGCUUAAUGUCCUCUUCUGGGAAAUUUUUUGACACAGGAUGUUCUGUAGCAAAGGAAUAGUGGGAUGUGAUUUUUUUUAAAAAAAAUUCGCUUUUAUUCUUAGUAUCUAUGCAGACUACCUAGAAUAAAUAAUUACUCGAAAUAGCAUUGCAAACCAGUUCAGGAGAAUUUCAAAUUCGGGACCAAGAGGUACCAAAGUGG